AUGGGCUACAACUACGCCAUGCCCACAUCCAAGAAACUCACGCUCGUGAACGUGUCCGUGUACAUCGUCUCCCGCCGAAUUGGCUGUGGAAUUGCAUGCCACGUGCUCAAGGUGGAGAACACCGGCGUCCUUGCUGGAUUCAGCUUCGUGUGCAGCAGAGGACCGCAGGACACGAUGAAGAGCGUCGUCCUCACGGAUGCGUGGGUUGACGGCCGUCACUUCAGUCAACAUGAGGUCGAGUUGGGCUUCAGUCGACAAGAAGUGGGUCCAUUGGAGGACCCCGCCCAAGGAACGGUGACCAUCCUGAAGCGAGUCGAGCUCAAUUUCACCAGAGCCAACGGAUCCAUCCGAAUCUAUCUGUCCGUGUACAUUGCUACGCCGUUCCUCCAUGAGCUCAAGGUGAACAACGACACUGCCGUUGGCUUUACUUUCCAAUGCAACAGAGGGCGCGCCCACCUGAAUCCUGGCGAUAGAUGGAGCCACAGCUUCGUCAACGGGAAGACGGCCGUCAAAACCAUGAAGAGUCUUGUGGUCACGGACGCCUGGGACGACAUCGAGCUGUUCUUUGUUAGGCGGGACGUGAGCACGCCUGCCCGACUUGAAGCACGUGCUCAAAGGGAGACACCACGAUACGAUGGAGUCGUCGCUGUUGACUUCGGUACGCCUGCGAAAGUCCCGAUCUUUCUGUCCGUGUACAUCGCGUCACCGCUUCAUCAGGUGCUCAAGGUGGUAAACAACGACACGCAGGCUGGAUUCAGCUUCUGCUGCAGUAGAGGACGCGCCAAGCUGAAUCUCGGAGAGAGCUGGCAGCAUCCUUUCGUUAACGGUUCGACUGCAGUAAGCAUUCUGAAAAGCGUCGUGAUCACUGAUGCCUGGGUGGGCGCCCGCCACCUUCAAGAGGAUGAGAUCGAGUUGCGGUUCGUGCGACAGGAUGCGCUGCUGGCCGCUGGGCCGUCUGUGCUGCUGGGCUGCGUGUGCUGCUGGGCCCUUGCCGCCUGUGCUGCUGGGCCCUGUGUGCUGCUGGGCCGUGUGUGCUGCUGGGCCGUGUCUGCUGCUGGGCCGUGUGUGCUACUGACGCCGGGCCACUUGCUGCUGGGCUAUGUGCGCUGCUGGGACGUGUAUUGGGUUGCGCUUGUGCGCUCUCGUGGCGUGUGGCUCAAGUGGCCGAGGGUUUGGACGAGUAUGGUGCUGUUGAUGGAUGCGACUAACCCGCGCCCAUGGAGCUCGUGA